GUUAAAACCUCAUCGACAUCAAUUCCGAAGCUCCUCUUUAAUAUUGAAAUAAUUCAAUACAUAUCCCCUCACCCGAAGCCGCCUUCAAUCGCCAUAUCCUCACAAUGGCCUCCCGCUUGGCUACUCGUGCCGUCGGGGCCGCCCGUCUGCGACCGUCGAUUGUUUCGCGAGCUCUUCCCGCAGUCACCAUCUCUUCCACCACAACCCGCCCGGCCUCCAAUAUGCCCGAGCCCAAGGUGAAGGCGCAGUCCAUCAUCGACUCUCUGCCCGGCAACUCGCUCGUCUCUAAGACCGCCAUCCUGUCCUCCGCCGCCGGUCUCUCUAUCUACGCCAUUAGCAACGAGUACUAUGUCGUAAACGAGGAGUCCGUAGUCGCCUUCUGUCUUCUCAGCGUCUGGGCGGCUCUGAUCAAGUACGGUGGCCCCAUGUACAAGGAAUGGGCGGAGGCUCAGAACGCGAAGAUAAAGAACAUCCUAAAUUCCGCGCGUGCCGACCACACCCAGGCCGUCAAGAACCGCAUCGAGAACGUCCAGCAGAUGUCCGGCGUUGUCGACAUCACCAAGUCCCUCUUCGAAGUUUCCAAGGAGACUGCCAAGCUCGAGGCCCAGGCCUACGAGCUCGAGCAAACCACCGCUCUGGCGCACGAAGCCAAGGCCGUUUUGGAUUCGUGGGUAAGAUACGAGGGCCAAGUCAAGCAGCGCCAGCAGAGGGAAUUGGCCGAGAGCAUCAUCGCCAAGGUUAAGAAGGAGCUCGAGAGUCCUAAGGUCCUGUCGCAGAUUCUUCAACAGAGCGUCUCCGAUGUGGAGAGAAUUGUGUCUCAGAAGACUCAAUAGACAAGGCAAUUUAGACAGAUACUCCAUGGCGCAUAAGCACUAUUCCCUUUGUGCCCUCUACCUGUGUUUAUAAACACCCCUGUGCAUUAGUCAAAAGAAAUCUAUUCUUAAAAUACCGGCCUCACGAUCCAUUGUGAUUUAGGACAUGACUUCUGCUACGGGAGCAAUUCUUGCUAUUUUCAUAGCCUUGCAUAGCGCCGUGGUGAUGGGUAUUGGGGGCUGAUAGGAGUACCCAAUUGAAUAAAACUAAGGAGUAAAAACAUUAUCACAUCUAAAUGACAUAUAAAUUUGAUUUGACUCGUACAAUUA